AUGGGGUCUGAGUGGGGCAACUUCCUUCCCCAGCCAGUAGAAGAAAAGCAAGAAUGGGGUCCCUUUCGUCCGGAGCCAGCACAAAGUCAUGUAGAUGAACAGGAGGAAAGAGAGGAACGACAGUUGACCAAACAACUAAAAGAUGUGCUGUGCCUGCCGAGCUGUGUGAACGGUGACUGUAUCGGCGCGAACACGUGUCUGUGUCACGAAGGUUACCAUGGAUACACCUGCGAGAACGCCCUGUGCAACCCGGAGUGUAUGAACGGAGGUGUUUGUACAGCCCCCUACCAAUGUGAAUGUCCGAGUGGCUACAAGGGAGAUCGGUGUCAAACAGCUGUUUGCUCGCCUCCUUGUGAGAACGGGGGCGCCUGUACACAGCCUAACGUGUGCACAUGUCCACCUGGGUACAAAGGAAACCACUGUGCAACCCCUGUCUGCACGAAUGGGUGCCAGAACGGAGGCCUCUGUGUGGCCCCUGAACAGUGCAGCUGUAUGGACGGAUGGGCCGGCAAGACUUGUGAAACUCGCUUGUUCGAAAAUGACGCCAUGCAACAAUUUGGAGCGGCCUCCACCCACCCCGGGCGCGUGUGCUCGGCCUGGAGCGGCAGGCACUUCCUGACGUUUGACGGGCGGUACUUCGACUUCCCCGCUCAUGCCGACUGCAGCUACCUCCUAGCCGGGGACUGCAUCGAUUAUAACUUCAACGUCAUGGUACGUGAGGAUGGUGAGUGUACAGUGGACAGAUGUACUCUGAGGAUCGACUUACGCAUCAGGGACACUGACGUGACCAUACAGCAUAAAGAUGGACACCAUGUCACCGUUAAUGACAAAAGGGUGUCGUUGCCGUACUCGUACCAGGGCAUCAACGUGGAGUCGACGGGGGCGUAUGUCCGGCUGUACAGCGCGAUCGGUGUGAUGGUGUCCUGGGACGGUCACGGGAGCGUGUACGUUGAACUGGACGCUGACCACCACAACAAGACGUGCGGGCUCUGCGGAAACUUCAAUGGGAUUGAUGCUGAUGACUAUAGGUCAAGAUCAGGAGAACUGCUGCACAACACCAUGGAGUUCGGUAACAACUGGAGGAUGACGGGAGCGGACGAAACCUGCCCGUUUGUCCCGUUUGACACGCCCGGAACAUGCGGUGAAAUACCAAGGGACGAACUACAGGAACUGUUCCAGAUCUGUAGUGUUCUGUCGGAGAGCGCCGACUUUAGACCCUGCAGAAACGCCAUGGACCCUACGCCGUAUGUCCACGCAUGCGUGUCAGACCUGUGCAGCUGUGCGUACGAGUCACGUGACGAGUGCUUGUGUGGCGCGCUCACCCAGUACUCUCGCGCAUGCGCACACAGCGAGGUGGUCUUGUCUUGGAGAAGCCAGGACUUCUGCUGGCACGAGUGCCCAGCCGGAAAGACGUAUGAAGAAUGCGGCACGGCCUGCCCGCGUACCUGCCGCAACCUCGACUCCAGCUACGCAUGCGCAGAACACUGCGUCGACGGCUGCUUCUGCCCAUCCGGUACGGUGCAUCAUGGGAACGACUGCGUACCAGAGACCAACUGUAGCUGCCUGCACAACGGCAGGGAGUACCAGCCGGGGCAAACCACGCGGCAAGGAUGCAACCAAUGCUUCUGUGAAGGAGGAAAGUGGACAUGCACGGAACUUGAUUGCCCAGCUACUUGCUCGGCCACCGGUGAUCCCCACUACGUGUCGUUUGACGGGCGGAGGUUCACGUUUAUGGGUGACUGUCAGUACGUUCUGGCAAAGGACUGUGGGAGUGGACUUUUCUCUGUCUACACGGAGAACCUCCCCUGCGGCCUGGACUCGGCAGUCACCUGCACCAAGACUGGCACCAUCGUCCUGAAGUCCUCCGGGAAGGACGUCAUGGUGACAUUUCACCAGGGAGGGGCCGUCAGCGUGGCAAACGUUGGGGUGACACUGCCGUACGUGCAAGAUGAUAUCGUCAUCCACCGAUCAUCGUCCAUGUUCGUGACGCUGACGUCACCAAUUGGCCUGAUCGUUGAAUGGGACGGCGAGACUCGUAUGUACGUCACCGUCAGUCCGGACUUUAAGGGCAAAACAUGUGGACUUUGUGGAAACUUCAACGGGAACCAACUGGACGACUUCACGGUGAAGGGCCUUCCCGAGACGUCAGUAGCAGCCUUCGGUAACAGCUGGAAGGCGAACGCCGACUGCUUAGACGUGCCCAGGGAUCAAAUCCUGGAGGCUUGUGCGGUGAAUACCCAGAGAGCCGACUAUGCCAACUCCAUGUGUGGUGUCAUCAACAGUCCCCUCUUUGCUGCCUGCCAUCGAGCUGUGAGGCCAGAAUCGUACUUCAAGGAGUGCCUAUUUGAUGUUGUGUGA